GCUGGCCUGGCUGGAGGCGGCACAAUGGAGACCGGGACUGAGGUCGCGGGAGUGACCCGCGGUCUAACGCUGGCCUCUUCGUGGGCUGUCGCACGCGGUGCCCUAAUCCAAAGUCUCACCCAGGCUGGUCUCGGCGCCCAUGACUUUGAUUGCGAGGAACUGCCAGCGCCGCCUACUUCGGGCCAGAGUCUAGUGAUUUUGAAGAGAAGCCUAUACAGCCAAGAUGAAAACCCUUGCUUCCUCUACCUAAAGUAUGACCCGAACGGAGCUGAAGAAAUCGUUUCUGUUGGCAUUUUAAGUUCUGCAAGAAAUAUGGAGGUUUACUUAGGAGAGGAGUACUGUGGAACCAGCAGAGGCAAAAGUGUUGGUACUGUGCUGGAUGACAGUGAACAUGGAAAGAUCAUUUUGUACAAAAAUUAUCUAAAAUUGGAGUCCUCUACACAUGCUUGUAAAAUAAAGUUGCUGUCCUUUGGUGAAAAGCAAUGUGUGUUCAUCAGUAAAGUUGUGGUACACACAAGAUCAGUUUUGGGAAAUUCAUCAAAAAGCUGUCCUGCUCUAGGAUCAAGGAUAGACCUUGACAAGGUCCGAAGCAUAAUGGAGUCUAUGGGGUCAAAGUUAUCACCUGGAGCUCAGCAAUUGAUGAAUAUGGUUAGAUUACAACAGCAGAAUUGCAUUCCCCUUGGAGAGCAGCUUCAGUCUGUGUUGGGAAAUACUGGAUACAAGCAUAUGGUUGGGCUGCAAUCAUCGUCUACCUUAGGAGCUUUAGACAAGUCAUCCUCCACGCCUUUUCCUUUUAGAACUGGAUUGACAUCUGGAAACAUGACUGAAAACUUAAAACUUUAUAUUGAUAAAAGUACACAGCCACCUGGUCAAGGGAAUCCUACAAACCUUGAUGAAUGUAAAAUUAUGCCACAAAACCUCUCGCUUCUUGAAAAUGAUCUUAAAAGUGCAGUAUCUUCUUUCUUACCAAAGAAAGCAAGUGACAGCUCAAAUAUAUCUAAUUCUGAGUUGCUGCCUUUUCUCCAAAAUUUGUGUAGUCAAGUUAACCAUCUCCGUGUGGGACAUAAGGAGAAUCUCACUAAGUCCAGUGAAGGCAAUCUUGGUGUUGGAAUGGAAGAGCAACCUGUUUGUUCCUACUUGGAAAAGAUUCUUUCUAAAAAUAUGGAACUGAUGGAAAAGAAACUUGUGGACUACAUUGAUCAGCGAAUAUGUAAACUCCAGGAGCACAUAGAUGAUAAGAUUGCUUUAUUAAUGGAUUUGCUGCAAAAUCCCAGCUCCCCGCCCACUGGGAUACCACUAAGACAUUAUGACUCUGGAGAAAGACUUUCAAAUGGAGAAAGAUAAGCGCUUUACAUAUACAAUGUACUACAGAUAUUUAUUACAUAUUUAUUAUAAAGCCAAAACCC